AUGUUUACUGUUACUGAGGUCAGCCCAGAUGUGUGUGAUUCAAUUUAUACAGUUGAUAGAGAUUUGAAUGUUGAAUUUGAAGAACCUAUUGGAUAUCAACAGAAAGUUGAAAGUGAGAGAACUGUUACUAAGUAUUUGGAGAUGGGAAAAAUUACGGAUAAUGUAAUAGAGGUAAAGUGUAAUGGAUGUACUUUAUUUACUGAUUUUGAUCAAUUAAGUAAAGAGUUUAAUAUCAAAUAA